AUGGCAGAGUCAUCAUACAAACAACUUGUAUACUCUACUCUUAAAACGUUAAACGAACCCAACAACACCGGCGGCGAUUUCUUUAACCAUGCCGACGACGAAAUAUACAUUCCAGAAAGUUUCAGUAGCUUUUUUGGAGAUUUCAUCGGUGAAGAUGAUAUAAAGGAUGCUAUCGAACAAUUACAUGAAGAGAAGAACGAAGGAAAGGUUGAACCAAAAGUGGAAGUAAUAGCGAAAAAAGAAGAAGGAUGGUUUACCGAUGUCAAGAAGAUAAUCAAAUUGACUCUCAGCACAGUCGAGGAUACAGUACAUUUAGGGCGAAGAGUACGAAAGAAAUGCUGGAAGAUGAUCAAGUUGACUGUUGGGUAA